GUGGAUAUCGCGGAUGCCAGAGCAGAAUAGACCUAGUCGAGAGACAGACCCAUUCACACUCAGCCAAAGCGAAUAAAGGAGAGGGGUAGUGGGAGAGAUAAGGAGAGGUGGUUUUACGCGUUGUCAGUGUGGUUUUCAGCUUCGGAAAAAGAGCUACUGUAAGAAGAGGAGGACUAGCAAUAUUGGGCACUAGAAUAAGAAAAAAACGCGUUAUCCCGUUCUGCUGCUGCUGCGGCUCGUGAGCGCAUUCUCUGCUCUGUUUGGAAUACAAUGUGUCUGCAUGAGACCAUGGAGAUACGGAGUGGAUUUAUCAAAGAGCACUUCGACAGUUUAUGAACAAAACUGGACCUCUCUUUUUCUACGACAUUUUGUCCCCCUUUUUCGUUGGGAUUGUGUUUUUUUGUGUGUAUUUUUUCCGUUUGCAUAUUUUCGUUUGAUUUAUGGUGUUUUAUGAUUUCAUGUCAUAUUUUUAUUUUUUUAACUAUUUCGGUUUUUACUUUUCAUCGGUUUUGGAGGAGAGCUGGAUUGACUCGUCGUGAAGAUUUGUGGAGAGAAGAUUCCGCGUCGCUCAUGUGAAUGAUAUUCUAUCUCCCCAACUGAGACGUGCCAUGGAUGGAAAACUUAAUUUGCAUCAACGAAACCGAUCGGGAAAUAUCCGUUACAUCGAAUAACUACUGCUAACAGCAAUCAGGACGAAUGACAUAGGAUGAACACUACUGGCGGGGUGUGUCUGUGUGUGCUGUCGUCCCUCCUCGGUGUGGCCUGGGCCGUGGCUGCUCUAGUUCCUCUAGCUCUAGCUCCUCUUUCUACCCUGGCCGCUGCCUAUGGGGCUGCCAGUGGCGUCUCUCCCAGGGAGGCAGAGGGGGGCAGCCUGCCCUCCCAGUGCUCCAGCCUGGUAGCAGGGGUACUGUAUGGAUCUUUCUCUCUGAGAGAGCUGUUCCCGUCCCGGAUGCCAGGCUGUUCCUGGUCGUUGGAGAACCCCGAUCCCACCAAGUAUUCCCUCUAUCUCCGAUUCACCCGUCACCCUUCCAUCUGUCAAUCACACUCCCCCAUGCUCCUCCCACUCGACCAUCAUCUAGCCAAUCAGAGCUGCCCGCUGGAUCUACAGACAUCAACUCAGGACGUGAUAGACCUUUGCGGCAGCCAAUUAGAAUCGGAAGGACCAUAUUCAUUUUUACAGUUCGACAAGAACUUUGUUGAGCUAUGCCUGUCGAGACUACCGUCACCUGAUGAACCGCCGGUAACCAAGGAAACGCUAGAACUCCGGCUAGUCGAGGUUUUGCUAAUCAACAAUGAGAACUCCAGCCAGUUCACCUGUGGAGUACUCUGCAGAUGGUUUGAGGAGUGUCUGCGCAAUGGUCGUCAUGGAGACGGUGACGCUGCUGACGGUGACGGUUGCAGAGUUACUCAGACGGGGUGUGUGUGUCCUAACAACAAUGUGGUCAUGGCUCAGCCUGUACCCCUUCUCCCGUCAACGCCCCAUAACAACGGAUCGCUGUUAACUGAGGAUUGCUGCGUCACAGAGCUGCACCAUAACAAUGCCAUUGCCAUUGCCCCCAGGGACGUCAGACAAGAUCCCUACUCAGACUCAGAUGAUGAUGACCUGAAGGUGAAGACACAGAGACCCAGAUCAGCAGACCAGCCAGGUGUGUUUCAGGCACAGACAGGUGACCCUGCGGCGGAGGAGUGGUCUCAGUGGAGUGUGUGUUCGUUAACAUGUGGUCAGGGUUGGCAGGUGCGGACGCGCUCGUGUGUGUCCUCUCCCUACGGCACCCUGUGUAGUGGCGCGCUGAGAGAGACACGCAUGUGUAACAAUACAGCCACCUGCCCCGGUGACCCAGCACUGAGCUCAGUGGAGGGUCAGUGGUUGGACUGGGCUCUGUGGUCUAGGUGCAGUGUAACCUGUUCCACAGGGAGCCAGCAGAGACAGAGGAGGUGUAGUGCAUCGGUGCACGUCUGGGCAGAGUGUAAGGGACCACACCAGGAGACCAGGGAGUGUACCAACCCAUCCUGCGGUGGUGGGGGUAACUGGGGCAGCUGGAACCACUGGAGUCUGUGCAGUAAGACGUGUGACUCAGGGUGGCAGCGUCGCUUCCGGAUGUGUGAGGGGACAGGGAUACAGGGUUACCCCUGUGACGGCUCCGGAGAGGAGGUCCGUUCCUGCAAUGACAAGAAGUGCCCCGCACCUCAUGAGAUCUGUAGAGACGAGUACCUUGUAGCCAUGACCUGGAAAAGUGCCUCGGCUGGAGAAACAGUCUACAACAAGUGUCCGACUAACGCCACUGGAUCUGCAAGUCGUCGUUGCUUGCUGGACGCUAAUGGAGUUGCUUACUGGGGUCCUCCGAGCUUCGCCAGAUGCGUCUCGAUGGAAUUCAGAUAUUUACAUUUAUCUUUGCGAGAGCAUCUUGCGAAGGGUCAGAGGACCCUGGCUGGAGAGGGCAUGUCUCAGGUCGUGAGGAAUCUCCUGGAUCUCUUACAGAGGAGGAGCUACUACAGUGGUGACCUCCUGUUCUCCACGGAGAUUCUCCGAAAUGUGACGGACACCUUCAAGAGAGCAACCUACAUCCCAGUACCCGACGACGCUCAGAAAUUCUUCCAGGUAGUCAGCUAUAUGUUGGACAUGGAAAACCUAGAGAAAUGGGAAGAUGCUCACCAGGUUUCUCCUGGUGCGGCCCAUCUCAUGCGUAUAUUGGAGGACUUCAUCCAUCUGAUAGGAGAUGAUCAAAAACCCUUCCAGAGUUUCCUGGUGGUCACCAACAACCUCAUGAUAACAAUACAGCGAGAGCCCGUGACAGCAGUGUCCAGUGACAUCAACUUCCCCAUGAAGGGUAGGAGGGGCAUGAAGGACUGGGCUCGAUCUGCUGAAGACAAACUCUACAUCCCCAAAGAAGUCUUCACCCUCACCUCCGAUGAAACAGAAACAGAGACUUCAUAUUUUGUCAUCGGAGCCAUCCUGUAUCGGACCUUAGGAGUCAUCCUACCUGCCCCAAAUGCCCCUGCUGUGAUCAACUCAAAGAUUUUGACGGUGACGGUCCGACCAGAACCCAAACCCAGUGAACCCAUGGUAGUGGUGGAGCUGUCCCCACUGCUCAAUGGCACAUCAGAUCCUCAGUGUGUUGUCUGGGACUAUGGGAACCCGGAAGCUGGCGCUAAGAACUGGGACACCGAGGGCUGCCAAACACUCACGUCUGCCGCCGUCCACACUAAAUGCCUGUGCAGCAGGAUCUCAACCUACGCUGUGCUAGCGCAACAAGCUAAAGACCCGGAAAUGGGUCCAUCCAGUAUGCCCUCUGUGCCCCUCAUGGUGGGCUGUGGGGUCUCCUGCAGCGCUCUGCUUAUCCUGUUGCUCAUCUAUGCUGCCUUCUGGAGGUAUAUUCGUUCAGAGAGGUCUAUCAUCUUGGUCAAUUUUUGUCUCUCCAUCCUGGCCUCCAACAUCUUGAUACUGGUUGGACAGUCCCAGACACUCAGCAAGGGCCUGUGUACUGUGACUGCUGCUUUCCUUCAUUUCUUCUUCUUGGCAUCAUUCUGCUGGGUACUGACAGAGGCGUGGCAGUCUUACCUGGCUGUGAUUGGCAAGAUGAGGACACGCCUCAUACGCAAACGCUUCCUGUGCCUGGGCUGGGGUCUCCCAGCCCUGGUGGUUGCUGUGUCAGUAGGUUUCACUAGAGCCAGAGGUUACGGUACACCCAGCUAUUGUUGGCUGUCCUUGGAAGGCGGGCUUCUCUACGCCUUUGUUGGUCCUGCAGCCGUCAUCGUAUUGGUGAACAUGCUGAUUGGCAUUGUGGUCUUCAACAAGCUCAUGUCUCGAGAUGGCAUCUCGGACAAGUCUAAAAAGCAAAGAGCUGGGGCAUCCCUGUGGAGUUCCUGUGUAGUUCUCCCUCUGCUGGCUCUGACCUGGAUGUCUGCUGUGUUGGCCAUCACCGACCGCCGCUCCACACUGUUCCAGGUGCUGUUUGCUGUCUUUGACUCUGUCCAGGGCUUCGUCAUCAUUACUGUGCACUGUGUCAUGCGCCGCGAGGUCCAGGACGCAGUGCGCUGUCGGAUGGGGGGAUGUAAAGAUGACAGCGAGAACUCACCGGACUCAUGCAAGAACGGACAGGUGCAGAUCAUGACGGACUUUGAAAAAGAUGUGGACCUGGCGUGUCAAACAGUCAUCUUCAAGGAGGUGAACACCUGUAACCCGGCAACCAUCACCGGGACCCUCUCCCGAAUCUCCCUUGAUGAAGAGGACGACCCUAAACUGGCGACCCACCAGGAGGGGGGUUUAGGGGUCAACUUCAGCUCCCUCCCUGGAAACAUCCCCCCUCCUAACCUACUCGCUCAGGUGCCCCCGCUGGGUGUUCUGAACGAGCUGAGUGACACCUCUGUGAAGAAGGAGGUGAACAUGGAGCAGAAGAGGCAGCAUGGAAACCCCAGGAACACAGUGCCUGUAUACCUCUGCACCGAUAGCGGGCUGGGCUGGUCUCGACCGCCUCCUCCUCACAAUACCCAGGAUGGACCUAGCGGGGGAGGGGAGGGGGACUAUAUGGUGUUACCCCGUAGGACGGUCAGUCUAAAACCCCCUCCACCCCCGGGGCUGGGGCUGGGGGGCGAGGACAAGCCCCUGAACAUCGCGGUGGACGACCCGCCUUUCCCCCCACCCCCCUCACCCAUGACCCUCCACCCGGCUGAGAGCGAGGCCUACCCAUCCGACUUCAUCUCACCCGGCGACCACAACAUGAAUAUCGCAAUGAACAUGAACCGCUCCUACGGGACGCUCACAGCUCCCCAUGCACGGGGUCACGGACCCCAGGGCCACAUGCACGUUCCGGGAAGCCACGUGCACGGCCAUGGGCAAUCACUGCAGCUGAAGCAGGGCCAGAGGCCGUCGGUGAGGCAGAUACUAACAGGAGGAGGAGGCACCCGGACCCUGCCACGCAACCUUGGCAGCACCAACGCUAAUGCCAGCCUCUCUGCUGGCUCCCUGGAGAGGAAAAGAGUACGGUACUCUGAGCUGGACUUUGAGAAAGUGAUGCACACUCGCAAAAGACACUCUGAGUUGUACCAUGAGCUCAACCACCCCACCACCAAGUUCCACACCAUAGACAGGUAUAACAGGGACUCCGCCAUGUCCACCUUCAAGGACAAGUCGACCCCGACCCAAGACGACCAGCACUCCUGGGACAGCUUCAAGACCAUGACCCCUGAGCUGUCCAUUGUGCCGGGGGAGCAGAAGGACAGGAUGGAGCUGCACAACAAGACCACCUGGGACGCCUCGUCUGCCAACACACCUGACACUUCUGAGGGGGACUUUCAGACCGAAGUGUGAUGAGACAGAGAAACACACACACACACACACACACACACACACACACACACACACACACACACACACACACACACACACACACACACACACACACACACACACACACACACACACACACACACUCACACUCACACUCACACUCACACAUACAUACAUACACACACACAUACACACACACACACACACACACAUACAUACAUACAUACAUACACACACACACACACACACACACACACACACACACACACACACACACACACACAUACACACACACACACACACACACACACACACACACACACACACACACACACACACACACACACACACACACACACACACACACACACACACACACACACUCACACUCACACUCACACUCACACUCACACACACACAUACAUACAGUUUCAAGCGUAGACUAACAGGUAGCCACAUGUACAUACAUAGACAGACACACAGCACUCCUCCAAACCGCUCUUCACAUCCUAAAAUCUGCUCUCUAAAGGAUGCUAUCAUUUGUUUACUGCUAAUGUGGACAAGGACAAAGCAAAGACAACUGUUCUCUUCUAUAUUUUCAAACAGACUUUAAAUGAGAGAACAGGGGCUUGAAAGAGACUUGGACUGAGAAACUGAGACAUUUUUAAAUGGACAAAAAAACAAACAAAACUUUCUGAAAAAUGUCUUGAUUUUAUUCACUGGAAAAAAGGAUUCUCUUUCACCUGUUUGAUGAUUUGAAAAAAAAAUGAAUAUUUCUGCACCGUUCUGUUCUUUUUAUAGAGAAGAAAUGUCACUGAUGUUUGGCACACUGUUAAACCCCUUAGGCUCCUUCUCUUCAUUUCUCCCCUUCUUUCCCUUCUAAUGGAUGACGCAAGCACUCGUUUUUUCUUCUGCUUUUUUGGAGGGGUUGGGGAGGGGCAAGUAGGGAGUAAGAACGGAUCAUUGACAUGUGACCUCCUCUGCUUUUGCUAAGUCUCACACUCUUCUCUCGUCAUCCUUUUUCAAUGUCUUGUUUUUUCCUUUUUGUAUUGUUAUGAUUUUAGUUAUGAUGUCCCUUCUCUUUGGUUCAAUUUUUUUUUAGCAACAAAAAACGAUUUGUGACAAAACAACCUUCAACUGAGUUUGUUGUUGUCUCAUUGUCUAUCUCUUAAAUGAAAGUCCUCUUUUAUUUUGAGUUUCCGUUCAUGCUUGUGCUGCCUUUUCCAUGCUGAAUUUUAAAGAGUGAUUUAUUACCCA